GCCGCAGCGCUGCCUGAUUCUGGACUGCGGUGAACUGUCAGUCACCUUCUUCUUCUCUUCCUCUUCUCUUCUUCCUCCUCUUCUUCCUCCUCUUCUUCCUACAUCUACUACUCCUACCACUACAUCUACCACUACUCUACUCAAUCAUUACCAUGGUCCAGCCCAGCGAACCCGAAUUCGAGCAAGCCUACAACGAGCUCCUCCUCACCCUCGAGAGCUCCACCCUCUUUGAGAAGCGCCCCGAUCUCAAAGCCUGCAUCCCCGUCGUCUCCAUCCCCGAGCGCAUCAUCCAAUUCCGCGUCACCUGGCAGAACGACGCCGGCGGCAUCGAGAUCAACCGCGGCUACCGCGUCCAGUUCAACUCAGCCCUAGGCCCCUACAAGGGCGGCCUCCGCUUCCACCCCUCCGUCAACCUCUCCAUCCUCAAGUUCCUCGGCUACGAGCAGACCUUCAAGAACGCCCUCACCGGCCUCAACAUCGGCGGCGGCAAGGGCGGCUCCGACUUUGACCCCAAGGGCAAGUCCGACGCAGAGAUCCGCCGCUUCUGCGAGGCCUUCAUGCGCGAGCUCUCCCGCCAUAUCGGCCAGGACACCGACGUCCCCGCCGGCGACAUCGGCGUCGGCGGCCGCGAAAUCGGCUUCCUCUUUGGCGCCUACCGCCGCUACCGCAACGCCUUCGAGGGCGUCCUCACCGGCAAGGGCCUCACCUGGGGCGGCUCCCUCAUCCGCCCCGAGGCCACCGGCUACGGUCUCAUCUACUACGUCGAGAAGAUGCUCGACUACGCCAAACCCGGCGACUCCUUCGCCGGCAAGACCGUCGCCAUCUCCGGCUCUGGCAACGUCGCCCAGUUCGCCGCCCUCAAGGCCAUCGAGCUCGGCGCUACCGUCGUCUCCCUCUCCGACUCCAAGGGCGUCUACGUCUCUACCUCCCCCAAGUCUGGCUUCACCCCCGACGAGAUCACCUUGAUCGCCGACGCUAAGCUCGCCCGCAAGGACCUCGCCUCGCUCCAGUCCAAGCUCGAGUCCGGCAAGUUCACCUACAUCCCCGGCGCUCGUCCCUGGGCAAAGGUCGGAUCCGUCGACAUCGCCCUUCCCUGCGCGACCCAGAACGAGGUCUCGGCCGAAGAGGCCCAGGCCCUCGUCGCUGCCGGCUGCAAGUUCAUCGCCGAGGGAUCAAACAUGGGCUCCACCAUGGAAGCCAUCGACGUCUUCGAGACCGAGCGCGUCAAGGCCCCCGGCGGAAUCUGGUACGCGCCCGGCAAGGCCGCCAACUGCGGCGGUGUCGCGGUCUCUGGCCUCGAAAUGGCCCAGAACUCGGCUCGCGUGAGCUGGACCCGCGAGGAGGUCGACCAGAAGCUCAAGGCCAUCAUGGUCAACUGCUUCGAGAACUGCGUCAACACCGCCAUCGAGUUCUCGUCCGAGAAGACCGACGGCUUGCCUUCGCUCGUCAAGGGCGCAAACAUCGCUGGCUUUGUCAAGGUCGCCGAGGCCAUGAAGGACCAGGGAGAUUUCUUCUAGAUUUCUUAGUCUGUCUUUUUCUUUUUCUUUUUCUUUUUCUUUUUCU